AUGGACAACAAGCCCCUGCUGCAGGAGCGGCCCCCCGCCUACAGCCCCGCCGGCCAGGGCGCGGGCUACGACUACGGGCAGAGCAACUACGGCGCCAUCCCCCCGCCGCAGCCCGGCUUCCAGCCGCCCCCGCCCUACCCCUACCCGGGCGCCGGGGCUGCCGCAGGGUAUGCUGUUCCUCCACCGACAUCACAACCAAACUAUUCGAGCACGUACACCAUUAUUCAACAGCCUGCUACCACCACCUCUGUCGUAGUAGUUGGUGGCUGUCCUGCCUGCAGGGUUGGCGUGUUGGAGGACACCUUCACCUGUCUUGGUGUUUUGUGUGCCAUUGUAUUCUUUCCAAUUGGGAUCCUGUUCUGUCUUGCACUGAGGCAGAGAAGAUGCCCUAAUUGUGGGGCAGCUUUUGGCUAAGGAGAUGAAAGUGGACGUGCUUAUGAAAGCUACACCUGUUAGCAUACUCUUUCUAAUGUAAAUGUCAUGUACAAUCGUUUUAUUUGCUUCAGACCUGUUUUGUAAAGUGUGAAGAAAUCUAGUCUCUUGCAUGUAAUUUAAACUUAAUCUUUUAUGAGCAUGUGCAUUGCAAAACAUGAAGACCCAACUUGUUUUCCAUGUUUAGUGGCACCUGUUGAAAACUAAAUAAAACUGCUUUUCCU